AUGUGUACUGUCUUCCUCCUUAAUGCAGCGUGUGCGUGCGUGUUUGCAACUGUGCGUUAUGAGCAGAUCUCUAAAAACUUCAAGAAUCAGUUCAUGCACCUGACCAACUACAGUGUGAACAAGAAGAGUGGCGAUUAUGUGAGAUGUGAUGACCCUGAAGUAGAGGAUUAUGGGAACAAGUGGAGCAUGAGCGCCAUGUUGCGAUAUUUAAAGGAAGAUGGCAUUGAUACAGCCGCCCUCAUGUCCCAGGUGGAGGAUCUAAUCAUCAAGACCAUUAUUUCUGGGGAACACGCUAUAGCUGCUGCCUGUAACUCCCUUAUUGCACACAGAGGAAACUGCUUUGAGCUGUACGGGUUUGAUGUGCUGAUCGAUAAGAACCUGAAGCCAUGGCUGCUGGAAGUGAAUCUGUCACCAUCACUAGCAUGUGAUUCUCCUCUGGACCUCAAAGUUAAGGCCAGUGUCAUAUCUGACAUGCUAUCUUUAGUUGGGGUGGAGUGUCACGACCCACAGAGAUUCCGCCGGGGAGGCAGUGCACCAGUUGAGCGCAACAAACGCACGCAGAAAAAUACACGACAGCGCCUGCUAUCCGCAAGUGAUGUGAACACUGCACUGCAGGCAGGAAACAGGAUCAUCGUGAAGCGCACAAGCUGCACACUGGGAUUGUCCAUAGAGGAGAUGAAGGUGCUGCAUCGGAUCCAGGAUGAGGCUGAGAGGAGAGGGGGUUUUGUUCGCAUCUUUCCCCGCAAGGACACUUGGCAGCUGUAUGGAUCUUUUCUGGAAUAUAAAACGUCCCUGAAUUGUAUGUUGGCAAAACAUCUCUUCUUGGACAGGCCACAGAUGACCGGGAGCUGUGAAAGACUUUAUGAGGACCUCACCAAGCCGAAUGUGGCACAGUAUGAGCGAAAGCUUGUGUCCUUGCAUGUGCGCAGGUCUAGGCAGCGCAAGUUAGCGAGCAAGACAGCCACAGGUUCCCCCUAUGACAAAGAGUGUAAGCAGAAGGACAACGGCGAAGAGGAGGAAGAGGAGAUGGCAAAGGACGAUGAGCCUGAUGUGGUGCCAGAGCCACUUACACCAGCAACAGACUGUUCUACAGAUGCUGUUUUCAAGCCUUCCCAUAAUCUGCUGGCAGCCUUACAGAAGGAUGCUAACUUGAGUAAGGUACAGGCACGCUUGGCUUUCUCCUCCUACCUCCAGCGAGUGCAAAGCCGGCUUCAGAGUGUAUUAGACCCCAGCAGACUGAGACCAAAUGAAGAGGAGCAGAUGGAAUUAGUGAUAAGAUUUCUGAGGCGCGCAGCUGGGAAUUUGCAGCGCACUCUCCACGUGAAUCAUCCCUGCACCACUAUCCCAGUCAUAGAGAGGCGCCGCCUGCUUGCCAAACAGCUGAGAGAGUUUAUUCACUUGUACAAUGAGGAGACUCAGCAUUUAAUGAGCUGUGAGGAGGCAGCUGAUAGUAAAGUUCAGACGAUUAAUCAUAAGGAUUUUCAGGCAUUUAUUGCUGAAGCCAAUGAGUGCGACUUGGAGGAGAUCCUCACCGUUUACACUCAGAAGAAUAAAUCAGCAAGUGUAUUUUUGGGGACACAGAACAGUGCAAGCCUUAGAGCGACAAAAGAGAGGCAAGGAGGUGCUAGAGAUUGCAAAACGCAGAUGGACGGCGUGGCUUUGUGCUCAGAUGCUCAGCAGCGGUUGGUUGGACAAGCACACGGUCCUGAGAUCCCCAAGGCUUCCUGUGUCUCGCAGCCCUCUAGUUCUGCAGUCACCGUCAUACCUGAACAUUGUGCCCCAAGAGCUGACUCUUCAAAACCGUUUGCCAAUGGUCACUCUAUUGGGAGAUAUCUGCAGCCCACCUCAUGUACAGGACUGACUACAGAAUCCGCAGGAUCCUCUUUAUCUGAUCCGCGAUCUCAUUCAAACAGCCUUGGAACUUUUUCUUCUUUCCAGAGUGCGGCACAGAUCUACAGUCAGCGACUGAGCCAUCCUAGCUCGACCCGUUCAGCGGGCUCUCGGCACAGUGUGUUGCGCACUCGCUGUCACUCAGCGCAUGCAGGGAAGGAGCCAGAGAAUCCGUAUAAUGAGCGGGAAGUGACUGCCUCCCUGCAACGUCUAGCGGAGAGACAGUCUAUUCAGCAGCAGUCCGGUCAUUUGAAGACGAUCACGCAGCAGGUGUUCUUUGUCUGUCUUCCUUGCUUUCUAGUUCCCUUGUAA